AAUAACUACUCUCACCCUCUCUCUCUCUCUCUUUCUCUCUUCUGCUCCCUCGCUGCUUGCUCGAAGAGCUACGGAGGCAAAGUUUCACCAUGGAUGCCGAUGCAUCUCCGAUCGAUAUCUUCGAGAUUUAUCGAAGAUACUCUCACAUAAAAUCAGGAUAUGCAUAUGUCAGUGGGGAAGAAGGGUACAGGCAAGACAGUGACCUUCAGAAGGCUAAGGUCUCAAGGGAGGCUCUGACACAGCUCUCAAAAUUGGUGGAGUCUCGAGUUAGUACAGGGAUAACUAUUUUUGAUGAACUUUCAAUGCUCAUGUCACAACUGGAUUCAACGGUGGAUUUUUCAGAAUUCUCUCGGUUCUAUGAUUUUGUUUUCUUCAUUUGUCGUGAAAAUGGUCAAAAGAAUAUCACUGUAAGCAGGGCAAUAACUGCAUGGAAAUUAGUUCUUGCUGGGAGGUUUUCACUGCUUCAUCCAUGGUGUGACUUUGUUGAGAAAAAUCAACGAUACAACAUCUCUGAGGAUACCUGGCAACAGGUUCUAGCUUUCAGCUGGUGUACACGCGAUAGUCUGGAAGCUUAUGAUCCUGAAGGUGCUUGGCCUGUUUUAAUAGAUGAUUUUGUUGAGCAUAUGUACAGGAUACAAGGACCAUUCUAUGACAAUGCUAACUUCCAUUGUAACUGUGGUGAUCCAGAAUCUCAGUCAUGUGUUUUUGAGGACCCACAUCCUGGACUAAGAAGUUUUUCUGGUCUAAAGAGGAAGUUAUUUGAGGACACAAGACAAAAUGACAUGGAGUACUCCAGUACAUCCAAUGACAUGAUUUUUUCAAAUUGUAAAAGAAGUAGAGCUCAUGGUGAAGUAGAUUGGGAGGACAAUCCACCAGGGAAUACAUCAGAGGACUGUAUGGAAACUAGUAGACAAAAUAGCCCACUGUGUUCUUCUAUGUCCCCAUGUGCAGUUGAAGGUUGUCUGUCAAAGGGGUUUGCGGGACUACUCUCAACUCGUUCCUAUGUGCAGUUUGGUAGAGAGAGGAGGGCUUCCUUUUGAUGAAGCACCCCCUUUUUAUAGUUAAGAGGUAUAUACAAAUUUCUUUUGCUAGUUGAUAUCGGUUGAUGUAUUAAUUUUGAAUGGGGUAUAAUCAUGUCAUCCUAGUUUCUUCUUAUUUGUGGCAUUGCAUUUUGUAAUAUCGUGCUGGUGAGUGUUAACGAUCCAUUGCCUUUGAUAAAAUUAAUAAAUGUGUUGUGCUUUUAUGU